AUGUCAGCUCAAGAAACUCCAACUAAAGGUUUAACUGGUAAAAUUUCCGACUUAGACAUGUCAAGCAUGAAAGGUAAAUCCUUAACUGAUAAAUUAGCUGCCGAUGCCAAGUCAAAGGAUGAGGCACAAACCAUUCACGAAGUCAAACAAGCUGUUGCCUCUACUGACAAAGCAACUGAAGAAAAAGAUGAUAGUUUCAAAAAACAUCAAGCAUUUUUGGCUAAACACAAAGUACACAGACACAAAUUGAAGCAAUUGGAAGCUGAAGAACCAUUAUUGGUUGAAAACAAACGUCGUUAUGUGAUGUUCCCAAUCAGAUACCAUGAAAUUUGGAACUUUUAUAAGAAAGCUGAAGCUUCUUUCUGGACCGCCGAAGAAAUCGAUUUGAGUAAAGAUUUGGAUGACUGGAAUAACAAAUUGAAUGAAAAUGAAAGAUAUUUUGUCUCUAGAGUAUUGGCAUUUUUCGCUGCUUCUGAUGGUAUUGUUGGUGAAAACUUAAUUGAAAACUUCUCGACUGAAGUUCAACUUCCCGAAGCCAAAUCAUUCUACGGUUUCCAAAUCAUGAUGGAAAACAUUCAUUCAGAAACCUACUCUUUAUUAAUUGAAACUUACAUAAAAGAUCCUCAAGAAGCCGAUUACUUAUUUAAUGCCAUUGCCAAUAUUCCAUGUAUUCAAAAGAAAGCUGACUGGGCUAUCAAAUGGAUUCAAGAUGAUGAAGCCUUGUAUGGUGAAAGAUUAGUUGCCUUUGCUGCAGUUGAAGGUAUUUUCUUUAGUGGUUCAUUUGCUUCUAUCUUCUGGUUGAAAAAGAGAGGUUUAAUGCCAGGGUUGACUUUCUCAAACGAGUUGAUUUGCAGAGAUGAAGGUUUACACACUGACUUUGCUUGUUUAUUGUUUGCUCAUUUGCAAAACAGACCAUCUCCAGAGAUUGUUGAAAAAAUUAUUACUGAAGCUGUUGAUGUUGAGAAAGAGUACUUUACCGAUGCUCUUCCAGUGUCCUUGUUGGGUAUGAACUGUAACUUGAUGUGUCAAUACAUUGAAUUCGUCGCUGAUAGAUUGUUGUUGGCCUUAGGUAACAAGAAAGUAUACAAUGUUACUAAUCCAUUUGAUUUCAUGGAAAACAUUUCUUUGGCUGGUAAGACCAAUUUCUUUGAAAAAAGAGUUUCAGACUACCAAAAAGCUGGUGUUAUGGCCAAAACAGAGAACAAAGAAGCUGAUGCUUUCACCUUUGAUGAAGAUUUCUAA